CCAUGUUAAUUAAGGUUUAGGCGAAAGACUCUUGGUUUUGCAAGCUACUCCAGGUGUGGUGUUCUGCUUUGGUGCAUCGGUGCGAGGUGCGAGAAGGACCCACUGCCCGGUCCCCGAGGCUGACUUCAAGGCCAUUCGCAGUCGUCUCAUCGGGAGUCACUGGGGGGUGUGAGCCGGGGCUGAGCAGUGCACUAGCUGCGUAGAUUGUUACUCGUUUGGCAACUGACCCGCCCUGCGGCCACACCAGCCCCUUUCCUGGGCCUCUGUGAGGUCUUCACGUUCACGCUUAGACACCCGCCCUUCAGGAGGGCAGGAAAGGUUGGCUAUAAACUGGAGAUAAUCACGGCAUUUGUUUUCAGGUCACGUUUGUAUUGGAAUGGACGGAGACUGGCAGCUGCACAGACAACUCCCGCGCCCUCCCCUACCCACGUCUAGUGACACUUUGAUCCCGUGGCAGCCUGGCCCUCAGGACACUGAAGCCAGCCCAGGUCAUCUUCGGGAUGGCAGUUGGGCUGGCUCAGAAGCUUCUGUUUGCACGUGUACUUUCCGGUUUCCCAGCACGGCCAUCAAGAUCCAGUUCACGUCGCUGUACCACAAGGAGGAGGCUCCCGCCUCCCCGCUCCGGCCGCUGUACCCGCAGAUCUCUCCUCUGAAGAUCCACAUCCCGGAGCCGGAUCUCCGGAGCCUGGUCAGCCCCGUGCCCUCCCCGACUGGCACCAUCAGCGUCCCCAACUCCUGCCCUGCCAGUCCUCGCGGCGCCGGGUCCUCAGGUUACCGCUUCGUCCAGAACGUGACCUCGGACCUGCAGCUGGCAGCAGAGUUCGCAGCGAAGGCCGCCUCGGAGCAGCAGGCAGACGCGUCCGGAGGGGACAGCCCCAAGGACGAGUCGAAGCCGCCGUACUCGUACGCGCAGCUGAUCGUGCAGGCCAUCUCCUCGGCCCAGGACCGGCAGCUGACACUAAGCGGCAUCUACGCCCACAUCACCAGACAUUACCCCUAUUACAGGACGGCCGACAAAGGCUGGCAGAAUUCUAUCCGACACAACCUCUCUUUGAACCGCUACUUUAUUAAAGUCCCGCGUUCCCAGGAGGAGCCUGGGAAGGGGUCGUUUUGGCGAAUAGACCCUGCCUCAGAAGCCAAACUCGUGGAACAGGCGUUCCGGAAGCGGAGGCAGAGGGGCGUCUCCUGCUUCCGCACCCCCUUUGGGCCUCUGUCCUCAAGGAGUGCCCCAGCCUCGCCCACGCACCCUGGGCUGAUGUCCCCUCGCUCGAGUGGCCUGCAGACCCCGGAGUGCCUGUCUCGGGAGGGCUCCCCCAUCCCGCAUGACUCUGACUUGGGGUCGAAGUUAACGGCUGUUCCAGAGUAUCGGUAUUCCCAAAGCGCGCCCGGCUCCCCCGUCAGUGCCCAGCCAGUGAUCAUGGCUGUGCCUCCCCGCCCGUCCAAUUUGGUGGCCAAGCCCGUGGCCUACAUGCCGGCCUCCAUCGUGACGUCACAGCAGCCCGCAGGCCACGCGAUCCACGUUGUGCAGCAGGCCCCCACCGUCACCAUGGUCAGGGUGGUCACCACCUCCGCCAGCUCCGCCAACGGGUACAUCCUGGCCAGCCAGGGCUCGGCAGGGGGCUCCCACGACACCGCGGGCACAGCCGUGCUGGACCUGGGCGGUGAAGCCAGAGGCUUGGAGGAGAAACCCACCAUCGCGUUUGCCACCAUCCCUGCGGCCAGUGGAGUGAUCCAGACGGUGGCCAGCCAGGUGGCCCCAGGAGUCCCUGGACACACGGUCGCCAUCCUGCAGCCGGCCGCGCCAGUGGCCAUCGGGCAGCACCACCUGCCGGUGCGGGCCGUCACUCAGAACGGGAAGCACGCCAUGCCCACCAGCAGCGUGGCCGGCAGCGCCUACGCCCUCACCAGCCCCCUGCAGCUCCUGGCAGCCCAGGCGAGUUCGUCCACGCCAGUGGUGGUCACCCGGGUGUGCGAGAUGGGGCCCGAGGAGCCAGCAGCAGCCGGCGCGGCAGCGGCCACUGCCACACCAGCCACCGCCGCCACCACCACCACCACCGCCACCUCUGCCUCUUCCACUGGGGAGCCCGAGGUCAAGAGGUCCCGGGUGGAGGAGCCCAGUGGGACUGGAACCACACAGGCUGGGGUCAUUGCAGCCACCGGCCCCCAGGGGCCAAGCCCCGGGGAGUGACGUCACCUGCUCCGGGUGGAGUGGGACUCACCCAGCAGUGCCCCCGGAGCUGGGCCUGGCAGUGCAGGCAGCUGCGCCCACGGACGCAGGAGAACAGCGGCCUGUGGCGCCCAGCAGGCAGGUGGCUCGACAGGGGCCCCUGGACACGCCUAGCCCUUUCCAUUUUUAUCUCCUGUCCUCCCGUGGUUCAAAACAAAACACAUAAACGAGUUCAGACAACUGAUUGUAUGAUUCUGGGAAUUCUUUGUUUUUUCCUCCUCCCUCAGCACCACCUCCUCUCCCCAGGCCUCUCCGUCAGGGGUGCGGGGACAAGGCCGUAGCUCAGCAUCCCAAGGAAGGUGUCGGAUACCCCCUGUGAGCCAGUGGCCAGGACGGCAGCGGCACAGUACACGCCAGCCUCCCCGGGAAGACGCGACGGGGCAGCAGGCGCUAACCUGUUUCCUGCUGUCUUUUCCCCAAGCAUGACAUAGAAAGUGUCGCCAUUAACGCAGAGGGGUCCCGGCUUGCCUUUGGACCCCAAAUAUUUCUUUCGUCUAAACAUGGAAUUCAGGCUGAAUCAUAAAUCUGAAACAAACACAAAAAGAUAAUGUGUUUGAGGUUUUCAUCUUCAGCCAUAGGUCUGGGGUCCUACCGGCAUUAGUCCCCUCGAAGAGUCAACCUGCCGCCCUUGUCUGUCAACUGCAAGUGAGAUCCACGCUUCCUGCCUGGUGUCUGAGGGAGAAAGUUCUUGGACAAAAGGUCUGUCCAGAGCCCCCGGCCACAGCGUCCAGCCCGCAGCACCGGCCACGGCUGGGUACACCUGCCCCCACGGGAGGCAGGGUGGGACGAGCUGCCCAUGUUCCCCAGUAGCUUUGUCAUCCUGCCGCUGACGAGUACAGUGGGACCUACUAUUGCUGAGCACAGUCUGCUCCUGCUACCUGUCACCAGAUCAGUUUCCCGGCCACCCAGAUCUAUCUGCUGUUUUAAAUUGGAACCAUCUCUUCUGCCUGAAGCGCUGGGGACUGUGGUCAGCCAGCGGAAAGGAGGCCCCUCCAUACACGGGUGGCUCGCAGGCUGUGCCCGCCACGCUCCGCUCCUGCUGCCUCCCAUGCCUUAGUCUGCAGCACGGUGGGAACCAAAGGAUGGGCGGCGCUGCUUGGUCGCUUGGCUCCUGGGUCCCUCGGGAAGUAGCCCUGCACCUGCAGACAGCUGAUGGCACCUCGGACCACGUGCUGUGAGCAGAGCCAGACAACACGGGGAUGAGAUUGGAGUCCUGCAGCUUGUCUUGGAGAAUGUUGUCAGGAACACCAAGGCAUCUAUGUAAAGAUCGACUCUAAUUUUGCUCGUCACUCUGGUGUUGGUUCUCCUGGUAGCGACCACAAAUAGAAACGACAACGCAUUCAACACAGAGCUCCAGGAGUCUCCGAGGAGUGGCUGUUCUCAGCAGUGGCCUGUCCUCGGCAUUGCAGCCUCUGCCCUGGCCCCGUGGAAAACCACAGAGAGACCCAGUUUCCUGGAGAGCGUCUGGGGGGACGGCAGGGGUCCCCCAGGAACCAGGACGCUGGAGUGGAGGGACCACGCCUUCCAAAAUGGCCACCAGUGUGACCCAGCCACAGCCACCCUGGGCCACUGUCCCCGGACAAGUGCAGAACAUCUGCUGGCCCCCUCCCUUCUGCCGUGGUGGGAAAAUCCCUGUUCUUUUGGUUUUAAGGCCCCCAAACCAGUUUUUUCUAUGGCACUAAACUUUAAAUGGAAAUAAGCUCUUUUUCGAAGCCCGUGUUGCCUUGGGUGAGGUCUGGAGAACCGAGGCAGGAUGGAGACAGCGGGGCUGCGUCCUCAGGAGUGGUCCCCGCUGUGGAGGGCGAGAGAUGAUGGUCUGUUCCACUCACGGUUGCUGGCAUGGUGUGUGCCUGGUGUGUGCGCGGGUGGGCGUGCGCCAGCGGGUGGCGGGGGUGGCCGCGGCCCCCAGCACAGGCGCCGCUUGCUGGGCAAGAGCCCUCUCGGGAGGGUGUGUCACAGGCCUUGAGGGCUGCCCGCUGCUGCUUCCUUUCCUUAGUGACUGUCACCCCCAGAGGGGAACUCUGUUUGCUUUUGGACUGUGGCAACUGCCGCAGGUUUGUCUCCUUGUGAAAGUUGACGUAGUCUGCAGAACACCCGCGCCAGGCUGGAUCAGAAGGCUGGCCACCGAGCAUUUGGUGGCAGCUUCACCUGGUCUCGUCGGUCUGGCUCCGAUCUGUCUGCUCCUGGCUAUGAGAGGGUUUGGUUUCUGCGCUUUUUUACUCUCAUAUUUAUGGGGGUUCCAGGUGAAGAGAGAAGAAAGGGAGGGGAUGGAUGAAGCGGGAAGUGGAGAGGACGGAAGCUCAGUGGGUGACGGCGUGCCACGCACAGUCAGCGCCUUUUAGCUUCUGCUGCGACUGAGAAGGGAAGUGGCCGUGGGGCAGCUCAGUCCCCAAGCGAGGCAGGCGCGGGAGGGCUAGGCCAGAAACCACUGCUCCAGGGUUUUUGGUCAUGUGACCAGGUGGCAUGCCUGGCUCGUGCCAGAACUUGUCCUGGAACUGGUGGCCAGAGGCCUAGCAGCGGCCGGUGCCCGAAGGAGAUGUGCAUCCCGGCCAGGCGCUCUCCGAGCUGACCAAGCGAGAAUCUCCCGGCUGAAUUCAGGCGCAGAAGCCAGAGCACAGGCCAGGGCGACUGGGAGAGCCGCUGCCCUGGCCUUGGCGGCCUGUGACCCACCAUGGUGCCCAGGCCACCUUCUCUAGCUUGUUAAGGGUGGGCUGACCCUAGCAGUGUCGGGGGCAGGAGUGAAAACAACUCGAUUCCAGUGUGAUGCCGGUAUCACUGCAGAUGCAGAGGUCUGAGGACCUGCUCUCUGGUCACGCAGGGCGCGGGGCUCUGGCACAGCCCACGGGAAGAGACCGCUGGGUGGGGGUGAUGGCUCUGGGAACCACUCCCUCCUGCUUCGAGCCUCUCUGACAGAUGCUCCCUCCCAGGCCUGGUGCCUGGUGACCCUCUUCUCUCUCCUGCUUCCUGCUUGGCAAAUCACCAGGUGUACCACUUACAGGAAAACGUGCUCUUUUGGUAGGAAGAAAGUCACAGAAAUAGCAUGUUAUAUAGAUGAGCACGUUCCCAUCAAGACAAUCCAGUGUGAUGUGAGGAGUCAAAGGGCUUCGCAGAAUCGCACUCGGCCCAGGGCGCUUUCCCUCGUGCCGGCUCCCGCCACCAGCCCGGGGUCCCCGGUGCAGCGGAGCCGAGGGCCACAGGGAGACCCAGGUCGUCCAGGCGGAUGGUACACACCUGUCCUUGGCUGUCUGCAUCUUUCUUUGCUUGCUGAAGUUCUCCUGCUAAUACCCAGCCUCUGUUGAGGGUGGAGGGUCUGUCAUUCAAAGCCUUUGAAGGACUCACGUAGAACAUCCCUUUUCCAAAUCCUUAGAAACUACGCACCCUGAACCCCAUCCCAACUGGAAUCCCCCUUGACGUCGGGGCCGUGUGUGGCCUGGCAGACACUUCUGCAGCGCCCUAGUCCUCUCCCGCUGGUGUCCACUUAGAGGUCGCCGUGUGCUCCGGGAAGGCAGGACCUGGGGCGGGUCCCCUGUGCGCAGCCCCUGGAGACCAGCGCUGGGAAGACCCGGGAGGGGACUGAGACCAGGCAGCAGUUGCCCGUGAGCACCACGACGACAGCCCCUUAAGGUCUUCUUUGCCCCUGUCUGGGGUUUGCUACUUGUUUGUAUUUUCUGUAUCUCUCAUUGAAGACCCCAGCCAAAUGGAAGUGGGGGUGAAUGUCUGAGUUGCUAAGAUGAGUGAUCUGUGAUCCUCGGGGCCGUCCUUUGUGUCUCUCGGCUGGGCCGGGCGGUGCUUUGCCAAGGCCUCCCCGCCGGUGUCCUCAAACCGCCUGGGCCUCCCAGCUCCUGAGGCCCCGCUCUGGACCUCUGGUCCUGGCGAGAGACUGGCUUGGGAUCACAGGCAUCGCUCAGCUCACGCUCUCACCUCUUUAAAUAAAGAAGGAUCUCUGUGGACCAAAGCGAGCCUGAGUCUCCGUGGAGAGAAACCCCCUGGUCGGGCAAUUCAGAGUUUAGAGGAGGAAGAGUUUCUUUGGCUUUGAAAUCAGCGUCUCACUUUCUAGAAACAAAGAACAGACCUCAUUGGGAAGGAUGCAAACUUAGUUGAAUGUGAGAACACAUUAGAAAAGAAGAAAGGAUUUUCCCCGUAGCUUUUAGAGCUGGGGGUGGGGGGUGAAUGCUCUGUUUUUCCUCAGAAGCCUCAAAUUCCGCUUGGCACUUAAGUGACUUCACGUGGUGUGAGGGACUGUCUCCGUCCCUGGAGUGGACGCCACAGGCUGUCCCCAGCCCCUCCGCGCCUCUGAGAGCAGAGCCCCCCAAGAAGGGGCUUCAGAUAGCCCGAGAGCCGCCUCCCGCAUCAGUGCUGACCAGACGCCGCGACUCCAGGGUAAGUGACAGGAAAGGGUUGUGGCCUCUUCGCACGUCAGAAGAGCCCCAGGACGCUGAAUCGGAGCCACGGCCACGUCCAUGGCCACUCUGUGGGCCACUCAGCUGCCCCAGCGACGCCUUCGGCCUCCGCAUCUGGGCUUGCAGGAAAGUGUCUGCUGGCGCCACGUCUCAGCCUCCUCCACCAUACCUCUGCCUAGAAGCAAUAUUAUUUAAUAAGAAUAAUUUAAAUUGUUCAAUGUGCUGCUAUGAAGACAGGAUUACUCUUUGGACAGGACUGAGCAUUGGAGGUUCCGCGGCUCUUUGGCUGUCUUUUGGCUCUUGGAAGUUAGGGCACAAUAGAGAAUAUGGCAUGUGGUCUCUUGCCCAGUUUCUGUCUGUUAUUUUUAAAUUGUUUCCCUGCAUCUUACAAGUUCCUUGCAUUUGAUAGGUUCCUUUUUCCAGGCCUUGUCGUGCACAUUAGGAUUUUUUAAAUGCUCAGGACAUGGUUUUUGUCAUCCACGUACCAAACUGUUUCUGCUGGGGUUUGGUGCAAGACAUCUGCUACUAGUGUUUUCUUUUAAUACCACAAGCUGCUACAUUUGGUGACUGGAGGAAGGGUUUGUAAUUGGUGCCUUGCGGGGUAUCUCGGGUGGCACCACAGCCCCCGCAGAGUGGUGAGCUGGGCCAUGUGCCUCGAGAUGGGACUCUUCCCCACGGCAGGUGGCCUGAAUUCGUGGAAAGGACCGUCUGUAGAGCUGCUGUGUCUUUGUCUGCCCUCCGUUCCCCAGCCCCAGGUCACAGCUUCCAAGUUACAGCUGCUUGGAAGGUUGGGAUUGUGCGACACCAUCACAAGCAUGUCCUCUGAACUGAGGUUACAAACAGGCCCAUUUCGCUUUGUUUACAGAAAGUAGUUUUACUCUUAGGUUAAAAAAAACAACAACAAAAAGGUCACUUGUGAGUUGUCUCUUUAGCCUGCAGACCUUGAAGCCGCCUCUGCUGUUCUCCAUCAGCCUGGCUUGGCCCCUCUCCUGCACACGGCCCAGCGCCUCGGAAGAACACUCCAGAACUCGUCCUGGGAGCUGGGCGGGGUGGAGGGGCUGGGCAAGGCCAGCACGUGCCCCUAACCAGAGGUGCUGCCUGGGGGAGUGAGGCUGGGCUGGCUUCCCCUGGAGGGGAAAAGGUUCUUGGGGGCCAAACCUGAUUGUCAGAAGCCACUAACAAGAGGUGACGGACCUCACCAUGCCUGUCGUAUAAGUCCGUAGCAGCUGGUUGGAAGACAGAGCCCUGCCUUGAGAAGCAGCCUUUUCCUUGGAGUGUGACACCCACUGAUCAGUGGGCGGAGGGCUCCCCUUGUGGCCAGCCGUCCUCAGGAGGAUCGAAGGUGACACAGAGGCUCUGCCUGUCACUAGGAUGGGCAUUUUCAUUGCAUUUUGGGGCAGGACUGAAAGGGGAAUCCCUUCUUUGAAUUGGUGAGCUUUGGGGUUUGGUUUCUGUGACUUGGCCUAACGGCCUGUUUUGGCUGCACAGGGUUUGGGAACGUGGUUGAGAGGGCAGUCACUGUCUUUAGGCAUCUUCUGUCCUCUCCGGGGGAAGCCCUGCAAGGCCCUGCCUCUCAUUCCAGCACUCGGGGAAAUGUGGGCCAGUGAGAAGCAGCAAGUGCGUUCUUUGCUUUGGCUGAGCAGCCGGACACUGGCCGCAAGGACCCGGCCCCUGUGAGCUCACUGUGGCUUGGGUCUGUCAUUCGGGGUUACUGCCGGGUCUCCAGGUCACUCUCAUCUUUUCGCUCCUUACCCAGUUAUCCUAAGAGAGUCAGAGUAGAAUUAGAAGAAUCCUAGUUUAUUAUUCUUUUUUUCCUGCCUGAAUAGAUUUUCUACUUUUUUAUUGAGGUAAAAUAUACAUGCAGAACUUACCACCUCUGGUUUAUUCUUCUUUAUCCGGGAAUCUCUUUUCUGGAACAGUUUGCUUGUUUGAUUCCCCCAGAUACUCGCUAUGUCAUAUACAGAGACACCUCUGUGCCCUCCAGGGCUCUUCUUCCCGAAGGGACCGUCCUUCCAGUUCUUGUCCCGACUCUCGAGCAGCGGCUAGAACUGUGCCCCCCUGUAUUUCCCUAUGUGUGGGCUGAGCUGAACCGGUAUCUGUGACUCUGGAUUCUAUUUUUUUUCCUGUGUGAAGUUCACCAGCCCGUGUGGAUGUUAAACUGUGCGCUGGCGCCUGUGGCCCCAGGCAUGGGGAGGACUGCUCGAGGAGCACUGCGCUACAGCCUGGGCGACAGAGUGAGACUCGGUCUCAGAAUAGAUAAGUCAAUGAACUGUGCCUGUGGCCUCUAAAUUCUGGGUUAACUGGUCCAGGUUUUUUUCCUCUUCUUUUAUUGGUAAAAAUGGGGACUUAAAAUCAAAGCCUUCUCUCCCUUCCCUUGGAGAAAGGCUUUCGGGCGGGCAUAGCCGCAUCGACAGGGCUUGGCUUCGGUUUCAGGACGGGUGGGGGGAGGAAGAAACAAAGCCGUGUCUGGUCCUGUCCUCAGAUGUCCCUGCAUCCAGACCCUGAGGCUCCAGCAUCCCGGCCGCCCUGGGCUGGCAGCUCGCACACUUGAGGGAGGGGUUGAAGCCAAUACUGAGAUUUUUUUUUUUUAAUCUGAAUGAUAAUUCUCCUGUAAAAAUAAUUCGGGAGGGGCGGGUGUUGUUUGGGGUCUGUGCGUAUGUGUGUGUGAGUGCGUGUAUUUUCUUUUUUUUUUACAGUGGCUGUCUAAAGUAUUUUUCACGAUAUGUUUAAUAAUCAGUGCUUUAAAAAGCAGCGGUAUCCUAUAAAGUGGAAAUUUCGGUUCUGGAGUGUGGGAUGUGAGGUUUGGGUCAUGUCCGGUGCCGUGUCCCACCUCGGAGGAGGGAAUAAACAGCAGCGCCGGGGAGGCGCGAGCGCCACUGCCGGGGGACAGACAGCCCCACAUCCACGGCAGGUGGCCUGUGUUUUCAUUUCAAAUGGGAUACAGUAUUUUUUUAAUACGGAGCCAUAUUUUUUUUUUUAAAGUUUGAGAUCUGAAUGUGAUUUCUAAUUGUAUCAGACGUUAAUGUUUUAAAGCUAUAACAAAGUUUAAAAUUUCUACUUUUGGUUUUUCAUUUAUUUUAACUGUCCUUUUAUCUAUUAAAUUGUUGUAUGUGGAUGGGGAAGUUUUGUUUCUCCUCUUAGCAUUUGUUUCUAUAACCAGAAAUAAAAUUAUAUAUUAAAGAGAUGA